GUUUGACGGAGCCGUCGCUCCCUGAGCAGACACGGGGAGGGGACGGGGCUGAGGCUGCUGACCGGGCUGUGACGGGGGGAUCGAACCUGCAGCCUCCGGCUCCUCGGGAUGCUCUGAUGGAGUGAACCGGCCUCAGAGAUGCGCCUUCGUCUCCGCUCUCUGUCGACCAUGGACCCGGUUCUUCUUCUCUUCUCCUCUCAGUGAAGCCCGGGGGUCAGAGGUCGACCACAGAACCUGCACUUCUACCUCUUUCCCCUGUACCCCCCUCAGCCCCUUUCACCCAACACAGUUUCCCAAAAUCGCUUCCCUCCCAAAUCCCUCCUCUCACUUUUCUCCCUCCAUCGUCUCUCAGCACCUGGUUCUUGCCGCCAGCCUCAGCCAAUCAGCCUCAGCUGAAAGAUCCUCAGUUAAAGAGUGACUGUUGAGUAUUUCAUGACGAGAGCCGGCCAGUCCUCCACCAGACACUGCGUUCGAGUGUCCUAGGCGUCGUCUUCUCAUAAAACCUCUCACAUCCAGGCCUCAAGAUGAUGUGCGAGGUGAUGCCCACCAUCUCUGAGGACGGGCGCGGCGGGGGAGGAGCCGGCUCGCCCUCCCCGGCCGGUGGCGGAGGAGGGAUAGGCGGAGGGAUGGGAGGCAUAGGUGGAUUCACUAGCCGGGACUCCCGUGGCGGAGGAGGUGGUGGUGGAGGAGGCGGGGGCAGCAGCGAUGAAGGUGGAAGCACGGGCAACCUGGAGUCGCUGAUGGUGAACAUGCUGACGGAGAGGGAGAGGCUGCUGGAGAGCCUGAGGGAGACACAGGACAGUCUGGGGACGGCCCACCUACGACUGCGAGAGCUGGGCCACGAGAAAGAGUCCCUCCAGAGGCAGCUGUCCAUUGCCUUGCCACAGGAGUUUGCCGUGCUGACUAAAGAGCUGAACCUCUGCCGGGAGCAGCUGCUGGAGAGAGAGGAGGAGAUCGCUGAGCUGAAGGCAGAGCGCAACAACACACGGCUGCUGCUGGAACAUCUGGAGUUCCUGGUGUCCCGUCAUGAGCGCAGCCUGAGGAUGACCGUGGUGAAGCGGCAGGGGGUGUCGAGCGAGGUGGAGGUCCUAAAAGCCCUGAAGUCUUUGUUUGAGCACCACAAAGCUCUGGACGAGAAGGUGCGGGAAAGACUACGGGUGGCCUUGGAGCGAGUGGCAUCCCUGGAAGAGGAGCUGCAGUCCUCUUCUCAAGAGGUUGUGUCACUAAGGGACCAAAUCAAGCGACGGCAGCAAGGACUAGACAACGGCAAAGAGCGGCUUCCCAAUGGACCUUCCUCCAUCUUGGAUGAUGGUGAAAUUGACAGGCAGCGAGAGGGCGAGAUCGAGCGGCAGAGGUCAGAGCUGGGACAGCUGAAAGAGAGACUGGCCCUCAUGUGCAGACAGGUCGGCGAGAUCGAGGAGCAGCUGACGUCGGCCAGGAGGGAGCUGGCCCGAUCGGAGGAGGCCAACCAGAAACUACAGAGGGACGUGAAAGAGGCACUUUGUCAAAGGGAAGACAUGGAGGAGAGAAUCACCACACUAGAACGCAGGUACCUGAGCGCCCAGAGGGAGGCAACGUCUCUCCACGACAUAAAAGACAAACUAGAGAACGAGUUGGCCAGCAAAGAGUCUCUCCACAGACAGAGCGAAGAGAAGAACCGGCAACUUCAGGAGCGUCUAGACGAUGCCAAACAGAAGCUGCAACAAACUCUGCAGAGGGCCGAGACACUGCCAGAGAUUGAGGCCCAGCUGGCCCAGAGAGUGGCAGCACUCAACAAGGCGGAGGAGCGUCAUGGUAACUUUGAGGAGCGACUGCGACAGAUGGAGGCGCAACUGGAGGAGAAGAACCAGGAGCUACAGAGAGCAAGGCAGAGAGAGAGAAUGAACGACGAACACAACAAGCGCCUCUCCGACACGGUGGACAAGCUGCUGUCUGAGUCCAAUGAGAGGCUGCAGCUCCAUCUGAAGGAAAGGAUGGCAGCGCUGGAAGAAAAGAAUGCUCUAUCUGAGGAACUGUCUAAUAUGAAGAAACUCCAAGAUGAUCUCAUAGCAAACAAGGACCAACUGAUUGCGGAGCUCGAAAGGCUUCAGCUGGAGUUAGAUCAGCUAAGAGCAAGACCUGGGGGCUCUUAUUCCAGUCGCUCACUGCCAGGUAGCGCCCUGGAGUUGCGGUAUUCCCAUGGGGGCGGGUCCCUCCCCACAGGUUCCACCACUCAUCUGGAUCCCUUCUGUAACGCCUCCACCGGGGGUGUGGUCAGGCGAAGUCCCCGAGCCCGUUGGAGUUCUGCCCGAGAGGACUCGACCAAGUACCCAGAUUGGGAGAGUGGUGGUCUUCUUGGGACCGGGUUUGAUCCAGGGGUGGACGUGGGCUGCUCCGACGAUGAGGACGACGGAGAUCAUCGCUUCGGCUCCGAGCUGCUGUCCCCUAGUGGACAGACGGACGUGCAGACCCUGGCCAUCAUGCUGCAGGAACAGCUGGAGGCCAUCAAUAAGGAGAUCAAACUCAUCCAGGAAGAGAAGGAGAACACCGAGUUACGGGCCGAGGAGAUCGAGAGCCGGGUCAGCGUGGCCUUGGACAGUCCGCCCAUGCCUCCGACCUCCCUGGGCAGAGACAGCACAGGACGGGGUUUCAUCCCCUCGUCCAUCACAUCCUCGACCCUGGCCUCCCCCUCUCCCCCUAGCUCUGGACACUCCACCCCUCGCCUGCCGCACUCCCCCGCCCGUGAAACUGAUCGACAGAACAGCAAAGAUGAUGAUCGGUCCCUUGCACUUCUUGACUCGACACCUCCUCCGACUCCUCGUGCACUGCGGUUGGACAGGAUGGCUCUCACCCACCCAGGCGCGAUGCUCGAUGACCCCCGGGACUUUCGCAGUCUCUCGGCAGAUGGUAGCAGCUCCAACAGCAGCCAAGAUUCUCUCCACAAGUCCAAUAAGAAGAAAAGCAUCAAGUCUUCCAUCGGUCGCCUUUUUGGAAAGAAGGAGAAGGGGAGGAUGGGCCAGCCCGGGCGGGAUGGAUCUGCUUCUCUUGCAUCUACACCCUCUGAAGACCUGGCCUCUGGAGACCCGAUGGGGAUAAACAAAACUGGGACUCUGGGUCCAGCAGAUAAAGACCGCCGCAGCAAGAAGAAGCAUGAGCUACUAGAAGAAGCAUGUCGCCAAGGACUUCCCUUUGCAUCUUGGGAUGGGCCGACUGUUGUAUCUUGGUUGGAGCUGUGGGUGGGAAUGCCAGCCUGGUACGUCGCAGCCUGUCGCGCAAAUGUUAAGAGCGGCGCCAUCAUGGCCAACUUGUCCGACACAGAGAUCCAGAGAGAGAUCGGCAUCAGUAAUCCUCUUCACCGCCUCAAACUGAGGCUGGCCAUCCAGGAGAUGGUGUCCCUAACCAGCCCGUCAGCGCCGGCCAGCACUCGCUCUUCGACAAGUAACGUGUGGAUGACCCACGCAGAGAUGGAGUCUCUGAACGCUGCCACCAAGCCUCCGGAGCUGAAAGAGUUCAGCUGGGAUCAGAUACUGGCCUAUGGCGAUAUGAAUCACGAGUGGGUGGGCAACGACUGGCUGCCCAGCCUGGGCCUGCCACAGUAUCGCAGCUAUUUCAUGGAGUCCCUGGUGGAUGCACGCAUGUUGGACCACCUGACCAAGAAGGAGCUGAGAGGACAGCUCAAAAUGGUGGACAGCUUCCACAGGGUCAGUUUGCAUUACGGCAUCAUGUGCCUGAAGCGUCUGAAUUACGAUCGCAAAGAGCUGGAGAGGAGGAGAGAAGAGAGCGCCCACCAGAACAAAGAUGUGAUGGUGUGGUCCAACGACCGAGUGAUGUGCUGGGUACAGACGAUCGGUCUGAAGGAGUACGGCGACAACCUCCGUGAGAGUGGCGUCCACGGGGCUCUGCUGGCUUUAGACGACACCUUUGACUACACUGACCUGGCGUUGCUGCUGCAGAUCCCCAAUCAGAACACGCAGGCCAGACAGCUCCUGGAGCAAGAGUACAACUCUCUCAUCUCCAUGGGAACUGAGAGACGACCCGAUGAGGAUGGAACUAAGACGUUCACCCGCUCGCCCUCUUGGAGGAAGAUGUUUAGGGAGAAAGAUCUCCGGGGCCUGACCUCUGACUCUGCCGAGACCCUGCCUGCUAACUUCCGUGCCUCAGCCAUCUCCACACCCUCUGUUACCCUGAGAAAGGUUCAGAGUGAUGCCAACUCUGGUGCCCGGGGUGAAUCUGCCUCAGUGAGGACGUACUCCUGUUGAGGGGAUGAGGGCGCUGACUGGAUUGGGACUAGAGGACCCUCUCGCUCGUCCACGGAGAAAGAAGCAAUGAAUAUACCAUUUAACUUUAAAAUAAAUCUUCUCGGUCUGACCAUUCUGCAAUAACAGAAGCAAAGGAAUAAAUGGGAAAAUGACAUGAAGAAUGUAUGAAUGUAUUUUCCAACCAGACUUGGAAGGUUGAACGGGAUCAGCUGUUUUCUCUCUCUGUCUCUCUCUUCCUGUCGUUCUGUCUUUGCUCUCGCUUGCUCUCUCACUCUCUCUCUCUCUCUCUCUGUAACUGCUGCAGAGUCGACAAAGGGUGACGACGGCGUUGGUUAGGUGUGUUCCGGUCAUGCAGGUUUCCCCUCUCUUUCAUUCCUGUCUCCGUCUGCACAUCGUCAGCAGAGUUGGCAAUAUCAGGGCUUAUUCUCCUUCCUUCAGAGGGAAAUCACUUGCUGCCAUUUAUUCUCUUACAGUAUGAAUACAACUAAACAUGUCGCCUUACAACUUCUGCUCAACAACAGGUGUUUGUAUUGAGAGUUGCAAGUCACUGUACAGUUUCGAUUUUUAAACACAAAAGGAAGGAAAGGACUGUUAAAUCAUUUGGGGGGGAAAUGGGUGGACGGACGUAGACAUGUGACAUCUUUAAACAACGCCGGCGUUCCCCUUUCUACUCCUGAGGCAACUGGUGUCUAGUGUCGGCCAUGGUGGCUCUAUUGUUGGCUUCUAUGGUCCCUGUCAGGGGGGGAGUGAGUGUCCCCAAUUGGCUGAGCGAUGUAGUAAAACAUGUCCGAAUUCAGACCACCGUUAAGCUCUGACCACAUCAGAGGGACCCUCCUCGAGCUUUGUCUAUUGGCACCUUGAAAACCGAUAGGCUGAGUAAUUUCUUUUGAAGAGGCCCUUUUAUAAAGAUCAAAAGGCUCCGAAGUGGAUGGGACUGGGCGGAGUGAGGCCACAGAGACAUUGUGUUCAUUGUUUUUACGACGGUGAUAGCAGGUAAUGCUUAAAGUUAGUGUUGGUGCCACUUUAUAAAAAGCUGUUCUUUGCAAAGGGGUUCGUUCUUUUUAAAGUUUCAUCAGUGUUAAAGCGGAACAAUGCUCAGCCUGUGUAAACAGUCGUAUAAUGUCGCCUGUGGUUUGUGGAGGUCGUAAGCCUCAUGAUGUGACAGUAGCAUCAUGUGGGUGAACUCGCCAUUGUCUUGAUACUUAAAAUCUUCAACAGCUUUACAUCUGAGAGGCGUGAGGUUAGAAAUGGAUGCCCAUUUGUGGAGGGACUUUAAUGUAAAAGUUGCAUCAUGGGAAAUAGGAUUCAGGGUUUUGGGAGUGUGGCCCAUACUAGAGCGUAAAAAGUCAGGAUAUAUCUGCUUCUGCUUUUAAGACACACAUUUUCUUAUCAAAAUGAAUUUUCUAAGAGCCCUAUCAAUGCAUAUCAUAUACUAAUGCUUUACAGAUACAUAAAAAGCGACUGGGUUUUCCGUUGCCAGGUUGUGAAAUGAGUGAAUUGAAAUAAAGUAAAAAUUAUUUUAACUGGAGACUUGGUGAUUUAUUAGGAAGUACGUCAUUUAAGUGUUUCUGCGGAUGGCAGUGUCCUCAACAACAUCAACAACUAUUUGAUGGAUUUCUGUGAAAUAGAAAUGGUCGACACAUUCGUGGUCCCCUGAGGAUGAUCUUUAACUGUGGUGAACCCUGACGUUUCUUAUGGCCCCAUCACAGGGUCAGAUUUUUUGAUUGUGCUUUGAUUUUUGCUUAUAGUGCUAACAUUAACAUUUUAUAAAGCUAAAAUAAGCAUGCAAGUUAGCACCAAUAUGCUUAAAUACAGCCUUUCAAAGACGCAAGCUUGGCCCACAAAUUCUUUCUUACUGAGCCAAAAAAAUAAAAAGUUAAAUUCACAACCUGGCAACCUAGAAGUAUCACUGGAAUAUAGAUAAAAUGGUUUUAAUUUACACAAUCCCAUUAUUUAAAGACUGAAAAGCCUUUGUGAAGUGCCCCUUUCUGUAACGUGGUACCCAAGUUAUAAAUAUGUUAAGAAAGACUUGUUUUUGAAGACAAACUCUAAACACCUCAGUCGCCCCCAGCAAUGUCAUUCUGCUGUUUAUGACCUGUAAUCAUCAGCUCAGGGUCCGGGCUUAUCCUGAUGAUGGGCGAGCGACAGAGAGACAAAACAGCGACUAAAAAGGAGGAGGGAAAAAAAAAACAGGAUGGACAGAAGUUGGUCAUUUUACUGCACACACAAGCCAUAACAGAUACCAAGAGCACGCCAGCAUUAGGAGAUCAGAAGGAGGCAGGAAGAGAGGGGCGAGCCUGAGGAAGCCCAGGAAACAAAACCUUUAGCCUCUGUGUUUACGAUGCAUGUCAAACAAACGACAAUGACCUAAAAACAUUGUUAUUGGUGGUGAAGAUGAUAAUGAGCUGUCGUUAAAUAAAAAAAAAAUAUAUCUGUAUGAUAAAACUACAGGGGAGGGAGCCUGGGGAUCAAUUUGUAAAAUGUGUGUAUUUUUUUCAGUUGUAUUUUUUAUUUUUUACGAUAACUAUUUAUUUUCUUUAGGUAUGUAUUGGAUAAAUGUAUGUACAUGUUCUGUUCCCCUCUCAACUUCAUUUGAACUAGUUUUAAAAGUCAAUAUGAAAACAUUGAAAAUGGUCAAUCAAAUAUGCUACUGUAUGUGUACAUUUUGAGAACCAAUUGUGCAAUGAUUUAACAGAUUUCCAUGAAUAAAGUGAUAGUAAUACAAAUUGAAAAUAUCAUCUGGAAGAUAAACAAUGAAGAUCAUUAUGAAAAUGGUGAUGUAAAAGAAAAAAAAUAAAGUGGUCCAGAUGGAUCUGCUGAUCAUCAC